AAUCAUGAACGUAACCCCUGCCCCGCACCCGUGACAGGAUCAUCUUCGGCCUAGAUUACUGCCAUCUCAAAGGAGUGGUCAACCGUGACCUCAAGCCCGAGAACCUGUUGCUCAAGCUGACGCCGGAGGCCAGCAAAAGGCACAGGUGGGGGCACUUGGCUCUAGGCCUCCUUUCUUUAGACACCAGCAAAGAUGGGUCUGAUGGUUUCUAAGGCCCUCAGCCGGCUCUUUGGCAAGAAGGAGAUGCGCAUUCUGAUGGUCGGUCUGGACGCCGCUGGUAAGACUACCAUCCUCUACAAGCUGAAGCUGGGCGAAAUCGUGACGACUAUUCCCACCAUCGGCUUCAACGUGGAGACUGUGGAGUACAAGAACAUUAGCUUCACCGUGUGGGAUGUCGGUGGCCAGGACAAGAUCCGCCCUCUGUGGCGGCACUACUUCCAGAACACUCAGGGCCUCAUUUUCGUCGUGGACAGCAAUGACCGCGAUCGUAUUGGGGAGGCCAAGGAUGAGCUGCACCGCAUGCUCAACGAGGACGAGCUGCGGGACGCCGUGCUGCUGGUCUUCGCCAACAAGCAGGACCUGCCCAACGCCAUGAACGCGGCGGAGAUCACGGAGAAGCUGGGCCUGCACGGCCUGCGCCAGCGCCACUGGUACAUCCAGUCCACGUGCGCCACCAGCGGCGAGGGCCUGUACGAGGGCCUGGACUGGCUGAGCCAAAACAUCCAGAACAAGUCGUGAGCGAGCAGAGUGGUACAGUGAGACAGACUAGCGAGAUGUGGCUGAUGAGGGCGUGGGCCAUGGCUGCGGCCCCAGGUACAGGAGUUCUGGUGGGUGGAUGUGUCGGGAUGCGUGGUGCGCGUCGUCAUGCAGUCGGGUGGUCAUGCGCGGAUAGCCAUCGCAGCGCGGGCUCGCAAUGCCAUUAGCCUGCUAGUAGAUGUGCACAUCGCGGGCAUGUUAGAUUGUUUAGGUCCCUUAUGCUGAACCAUUAUUUCUCCAGAAAAAGGCAUGCAAUACCCUGUCGCUUGCACGGUGACGCUUGACCCCUGGCAUGGGUAGUGCGGUGUUGUGGAGGGCUCUGCCAUUUCAGGGCCCGCAUGUAACUUUAACCGCAUG